CUCUAUGUAAACGGAAGACAUGUGAACGGGGCAGCUAGUUAGAUUGGUUAGAUUUAAAAUUUGUAACCAGAUUGUUAACGCAUCAUUUCAUAACUUAGAAAGACAUUCAUUUAAAAAUCGAAUAUGCAGGAAGGAAAGAUUAGGAAUAUAAAAUAUGUCGAUAUAGGGCGUGUGUGUAUGUCAAAACUCGAUUGGCUUGUAUGAUAACAUAACCUUAAAAAACACGGCGGAACCGUAACCUGCAAAUUGUAUUUAACCUGUAUUUAAUACCGGUUUACGAAAUCGUUUACGCUGUUGUUUAAACGAACAUAAAACAUGGCGCGAAAUGCAGAGAAGGCUAUGACGACUCUUGCGCGAUGGAGAGCAGCGCAGAGCAAUGAAGGAGCCAGGAAAGAACAAGAGAGGAGACCGUACUUAGCUUCGGAAUGUAGAGACUUAAGAAAAGCGGAGAAAUGGAGGAUGCAGAUAAUCAGAGAGAUCGCGAAGAAAGUCGCGCAGAUACAGAACGCUGGUCUCGGAGAAUUCCGUAUUAGAGACUUGAAUGAUGAAAUUAAUAAACUGUUGAGAGAGAAACGACACUGGGAGGCACAAAUAAAAGAAUUAGGUGGUCCCGAUUAUUCUAGAGUAGGACCACGUAUGUUGGAUCAUGAGGGCCGGGAAGUACCAGGGAAUCGCGGUUACAAGUAUUUUGGUGCAGCGAAAGAAUUGCCAGGCGUCAGAGAAUUGUUUGAGCAAGAGCCACCGCCUCCGCCUCGGAAAACGCGUGCUGAAUUAAUGAAAGACAUCGACGCGGAUUAUUACGGGUACAGAGACGACGACGACGGGAUUUUGUUGCCCCUGGAACAGAAAGCCGAACAGGAGGCGAGAGAAAAAGCAGUUCAAGAGUGGUUGAGGAAACAGGACGAGAAAGAGGAGGAAGUCGAAGAGGAGGUCGAAACGACCGCGCAGAAACCGAUACCCUCGCAACAGGACAUUCAGGAAGCGUUGCUCGCAAGAAAGAAACAAGAACUAUUAGAGAAAUAUGUACUUUGACAGGUUUUAUUCCUCUCCGCUUU